AUGCCUACAAGUCACCUGGCUAGAAGGGCGCUCCAACGGGGUCUCUUGCAUGCUCGAUCGGCCUCGACGGCCUCGACCGGUGCCCCUGCUCGACGCCCGUACGUCCGAGCAUCGGCCAAGACAGCCGCCGCCACUACCCCUGCUCCGGCUGCUGCUCCAAAUGCGACUGCCGCUUCGAGUGCUGUCCCUACACCCGUCGCAGCCGACUCGUCUUCGAGCCCUGAUGCGUUCUUUGAUUCGCACAUUGAUAUCGGGGAAAUGAUGCUCGAUGGACCUGCCGUCCCUUCUGCCGAACGCGUCGCGUCGCCCUCAAGCUCCACCUCGUCAGCUGGAUUUUCCUCUUCCUCCUCCUUCGGAUCCUCGACCCUCCCUUCCAACAAUGCCAUCCCCUCAAGCACCAGUAUUCCCAUCUCGACCUCGGCGCUCGACUCGAUGAUCCCUUCCGCCCCUGCUGCUUCUUCCUUCGGCGCCAUCGGCGAUCAAGCGAGGGACAUCGAUUGGACGACCUCGUUCCACGGGAUGUCGGCGCAACCUUUUUCGGAGAAGGCCGCCAAGGUGUUGAUGAGGCCGCUCGAGGUUCAUGAGGUCGAGAUCAAGCCUGGUCAGUUUCGACUCUCGUCGUGCUGAGACAGUAAUGAAGGAUGUCUCAUUCACCUGCCCCGGAGAUGAACUUGGGCAUCUCACUCGGAUCCGAGCUGAUUAUCAAGUCCCUCACUACAGACGGUCUUUUGUACCUCCCCGAGAUUCUCUACCGUCGAUUCCUCAACCAAGCCCUCGGACCCGGUGGAUGGGGUAUGGUACCCCGCGGCGAAUUGACCGUCAUGAACAGGAUGGUCUCGCGCGAAUGGGGCCUCGUCGCCGGUGGACGGUCAGUCUUGAGAUGCUCCGAACACUUAACAUAACGUGAUUUAGGCGAACACAAUGACUGAUGCGUGGAAGCCGGAAACUCUUCUCCAGCCUCGUCUCGGUCGCUCGUGGAGAACAAGCCUAUUUCGACCCGUCGGGUUUGGCGACCGCGACCGAGGGGUGUAAAUCUAACGCCCUCAUGCGUUGUUGCAAGGACCUCGGCAUUGCUAGCGAGCUAUGGUAAGCCGCGCAUCUCACUGGGCUAUAUCGAGUUCUGGUUGCUCGGGGACCUGCGGAGAAACCUGACACUUCCGAGGGCGCGCUUGCUCGUCUCUCUUCCAACCUUUCCUCCAGGGAUCCUUCGUUCAUUCGCAAAUACAAAUCCGAGCAUUGCGUCGAGGUGUGGACCGAGCACGUGACGACCAAGAAGAAGUGAGUUGGGCUCACGAACAAAACUGUCGUUCAUCCCUGGCGAACAGCGGUCGAAAUCGUCGCGCACCCUUCACAUCGCGUCUCGACUCGAAUGGCUGACAUCCUUGGCUCUUGCUUGCUUGCGAUCAGGCAAAAGCGUUGGCGCAAGAAGGGUACGUGAUGUCUUAUUCUUCAUAAAGGGAGGAUAAGGGAGCAUUGGGGGAGCAUUUCCCACUUUGCUUCCGAUCUUCGCCGCUCUCGUUUUGGGGAGAAACGCUGACUUCUCUCUCGAUCGGCUUUGUCGUUGCUCAGGAAACAAGUUCGAAUACCCGCUCACGGAAGCUAGGGCCUAA